UGAUACCUCUCUUCCAGUAAUGAGACGAUCUUUGUCCGGCUGGUUUUCUCGGAGCUCCAUCAUCAAACAGACCGCAGAGCGACCGGAGCGGGCAGCAGAGGAGAGUACAACCGUGAACAUUUACACUAAAAACCCUGGGAAAUAAUGCUUAUAUCUCCUCUUAUUCUGAUGGGGAUUUGGACUUGAGUUACUACGAUGAAAUAGCGUCGAAAGGAGUGCCUUAAUCACACGGGAAAUUAAAGAAAAGGAGGAGAAAAGGUCGGGGGUUGUGAUGUUGUUCCGGCUUCCUCUGCUUAAAGACUGCAUUUCCCAUGGAGCAGUGCACCGACACGCACACUGUUGUACCAUGGAGCCACCAGUCAGGGUUUUGGACCCAAAGAGCCAGUGAGACAGAAGAAGACCUGAUAUUGUGAUAUCUCCCAUCAUCCCUCCUCCUCCCUGAACUCCUGCUGAGGAUUAAAGACUUUUAUCAGGAGUUAUCAGAUCUCAGAAAGCUCCAGAUUCCGGUUCAGGUCCAGCUUCAGUCUCAGGUUCUGCUGCAGGAUGGCAGGUCCAUCGCUCUGUCUGGCUGUCAUGGCCGCCGCGCUCCUGCUGACCCUCAGAGCCGACGCCGCAGGUCAGAACCCGGACCACGUGCUGCAGGGCACGGGGGUAAAACAUGAGGCCCGGCGGCCCGGAGAGGACUCCACCAUCACUCCGGAGGACGCCGCGCGGUUCCUCAGCUGCUACUGCUCGGGACACUGUCCUGAGGACGCCACCAACAACACCUGCCAGACCAAUGGUCAGUGUUUUGCUAUCAUCGAAGAGGACGAACACGGAGAGGCGAUCCUCACCUCGGGCUGCAUGAAGUAUGAGGGCUCACACUUCCAGUGCAAGGACUCUCCGAACGCUCAGACCCGGAGGACGAUCGAGUGCUGCAACACGGACCUCUGCAACAGAGACCUGCAGCCCACACUCCCCCCUCAGCCUCCCGCAGAAGGCAGCCCCCACUGGCUGGCGUUCCUGAUCUCCAUGACGGUCUGCUGCUGCACGCUCAUCUGUGUCACCGUCGUCUGUUACUACCGGUACAAGUGGCAGAGUGAGCGUCAGCGGUACCACAAAGAUCUGGAGCAGGAAGUCUUCAUCCCGGUUGGAGAGUCGCUCAAAGACCUCAUUCACCAAUCACAGAGCUCGGGCAGUGGCUCGGGGCUCCCCCUGCUGGUGCAGCGGACGAUAGCGAAGCAGAUCCAGAUGGUGCGUCAGAUCGGGAAAGGGCGGUACGGAGAGGUGUGGCUCGGCCGCUGGAGGGGAGAGAAAGUGGCUGUGAAAGUGUUCUUCACCCGGGAGGAGGCCAGCUGGUUCAGGGAGACGGAGAUCUACCAGACGGUGCUCAUGAGACACGAAAACAUCCUCGGCUUCAUCGCCGCCGACAUUAAAGGCACGGGCGCCUUCACGCAGCUCUUCCUCAUCACGGACUACCACGAGAACGGCUCUCUGUACGACUUCCUGAAGCACAGCACGUUGGACACGCAGACGCUGCUCCGCCUGGCGUACUCUGCCGCCUGCGGCCUCUGCCACCUGCACACGGAGAUCUACGGCACGCAGGGGAAGCCCGCCAUCGCUCACCGAGACCUGAAGAGCAAGAACAUCCUGAUCAAGAAGAACGGAGCCUGCUGCAUCGCUGACCUCGGCCUCGCCGUCAAGUUCAACAGCGACACUAACGAGGUGGACGUGCCGCUCAGCACGCGGGUCGGCACGCGGCGCUACAUGGCGCCGGAGGUUCUGGAUGAGACGCUCAACAAGAACCACUUCCAGGCGUACAUCAUGGCCGACAUGUACAGCUACGGCCUCAUCAUCUGGGAGAUGGCCCGGCGCUGCAACACCGGAGCUGAUGUCCGAGUGCUGGGCUCCGAACCCGCCUCCCGCCUCACAAUUCUCCGAGUGAAGAAGACGCUCUCCAAGAUGGUGGAGUCGCAGGACAUCAAGAUCUGACCGCCCCUCAUCCUCGUCCUCUUUAAUAUCAGCGCCUCCCUCUUCAUCGGGAAGAGGAGAGAGAUAAUAAUAAUGGACCCAUUUCAGGGCUGAACGCUGUGUCUCCUCCUCCAUCGUGCAACGUGUGUCAUUUCGGAUACUUUUCUUAUCACACUGCCAUGUGGUACCUGCCAUGUGGUACCUGCCAUGUGGUACACUGCCAUGUGGUACACUCCCAUGUGGUACACUGCCAUGUGGUACCUGCCAUGUGGUACCUGCCAUGUGGUACCUGCCAUGUGGUACCUGCCAUGUGGUACCUGCCAUGUGGUACACUGUGGCCGUUUCUCAAUGUCGAGGAGGCUUGCUUGGUAGCACAUGUAUGCUGGGCAUUUAAACAAUGACACUCAAUGACAUAGUAUGCUUGAAAUAGUGGCUCUGGAGCAGCUUUACUCGACAUUGAGAAACGGCCACUGAACACUUUGUUUAUUGGGAACUUUGACCAGAAAGCGUCAAGUCAUGGCUGCUGUGAACUGAUUGAAAAGGACGGUCUCCGCUGAACAGAAAUGUCUGAAAUAAUUUGUGAAAAAUAACAUGAAUGUGAGAAAGCAUUUCCAAAUGCAUUAUAACACACUUUUCAGAUAUUUCUCAGAUCUGUUCGAUCUUUUCGCUUCACGAGCCAACAGCAAUUUUGUGGCUUCCAGGAUUUGAGACGAUGCUACUGGGUCGAAAUUCACAAAAUACAAAGUGUGUACAGUUUACGACAUGGCAUUGAAUUAAGGUAUCAGAAUAGAGACACAGCGCAAAAACAAACAUGGAGUCCUUCCUCACGCUCCUCCUCCUUCAGAAACAAACAUGGAGUCCCUCCUCUUUCUGCCGGUUUGACGCUUUCCGUGAAAGCAAAACGAGACGAUAAAGAUAAUUUCGACGGAGGGGGAAACGAUGCUCGUAAAUGAACAGAUUUUUUUUUUAAGGACCUGUGUUGCCUUCCUCCUCCUCUGCCUGUUUAAACAGAAAUGCCAAUUUUUUUUUUUUAUUAUUUUCUCUUCAGGACUGAGUUCUCCUGCCAUAUUGAAAUAUAUCUCCACUCUUAAGAAAGUUGAGUUAAUUAUAAGUAAGGAAAAAAAAGGUACUAUUAUAAUAUGUGAAUUAAAAUGUGUAAAUAAGUGUUAUCAUUAGAUGCCAUGCCUACUCGUGAGAGGGUUUAAAGUUAAAAUAUCAGAACACUAUGCUGCAGUGGUGUUGACGUCCAGCCGACUCCAGGAGACGUCUACCGUCCUGUUUGUCCACUUCCUGUCUAACUGUCCACUUCCUGUUCGUCGGUCUGUCUGUCGAGAUACCUGAUUGGUUGAGUUUAACCUGAGUGGGUGGAGCCAAAAGGACCCGUGUACCAGGGUUCAUUGAGAUUAUGUUAGAUUCAAGACUUGUUUAAAUGCCUAUUUAAUUUGAAGUUAUAAUGUAAAUAUUUUCCACACUAGACAAGUUAAAUAACAGCUAGACCUAUAUUACAUGCAUCCAGUUGAGCUGUGUACUGCCCCUGGCCAAAUAGGGCGACAUGUGUCAUUUUUAUCAACAUAAUGGUGCAUUUCAUAGGUGAACGUAUAGGGCCAAAUUGUAAUGGGUUCUUCCUCGGACGAUGCUGCACCUUUCCAGCAAGUUUUAUGAAAAUCUGGUUAGACGUUUUUCCGUUAUCCUGCUGUCCAACCACCAAAUUAAACAGAUUUGCAUAGAUUCAUGUUGGCUCCUCCCACUCUGAUUUAAAAAUAAGAUUCCUUGUUCCAUCGUUCUACAAUACAUCAAGAGUCAUUCAAUUGGGCUGCUUUUUGGCAAAUAACGUCCCCUUUAAGAAUAUUUGGGAAUGUGUUUAGCCUAGCUUAGCACAAAGACUGGAAACAGGGGGAAACUGCUAGCAUGGAAGCAAAUAGGUUUAUUGAAAUGUAGACACAGAAAUCUCCUCAGCAGUAGAACGAUGUAUGUCUACGUGUGUGAGUGUGUAUAUGAGAGAGAGAGAGAGUGUGUGUGUGAGAGAGUGUGUGUGAAUGAAGCUUACAGUUCAUAUUUAAGAGCAGUAACUUUAGUGUUUUCUCUUUAACAAAUAUGCAAGGAAACUCCCCGUAUAGAAAUAAUCCCUAAUAUGUAAAGCUGUAAUGUUUUUGUUGUUUUGUUGUUGUUUUGGUGUUGUUUUGUUCAGCAUCUGGUUCGGUGCCUUAUGAGUUUACCAAGGAAAUGAAAACUCUGUAUACAGUCUGUCCAAUGUAACGAUUUUUAAGUAAAUAACCUUAUUUUAGUACACAACAUUA